CACUGCGAGAUACCGCUCAGACACUAGAAAAAGGAAGGGCGGCGAAGAGCCGAGCACCACCCAUGGAGAGAACCGCAGAUGAGUAUCUUCUGACAAAGUUCAGAAAGAAGAAAGUGGAAAUUAGUUUUGCCAUAACUGAUUUCUAUCCUUUCCUCUAUGAAUUAAAAGAUUACCGCAUCAUGUCUGAGGAAAUGUUUGAGAGAUGCAGGGCACAAGAGAAGCCUAUGGCACAGGUGAUAUACGACGUCCUUGAAAGUCUGGAGGCGAAUCUGAACGAAAAGGUCCUGAAGGUGUUGUUCAGCAAAAGCAAUCUACAGAAUUAUCCGCUUUUGCAAAAAAUUCACAGGAGCUUCACGUAUGUGCAGGAGGAUAGCUCUUCUGAAGAAGAAAAUGACUUUCCAAACACAUCACAUUCAGAAAACGGGACAAGCUCCUCCGAGUCAGACAGUGAUAAUGGUUCAGACUUCCAGAGCAGUGGGGAAAGGAGCAAUGCAGAAGGAAAUUUGGGAGGCCCAAAGAAGACACAAGGUAGAAGAAGCUACAGAGGUCAAAGUGUGGAUUUCGAGUCUGAAGAACUCCUUGUAACCUGUGGAGAGGCUAAAGGAAUUUUGUUUAAGAAGAAAAUGCAGGAGAAUGUAAGGAACUGCAUAAGGAAUUCUGAUGGAGAGUGGUUAACACCUAGGGAAUUUGAGGUUAAAGGAAAUCGUGCGAGCUCCAAGAAUUGGAAGAAGAGCAUUUUUUGCUAUGGCCGACCUCUCAGCUUUCUACUAGAGAAAGGAUUUCUACCGAGCUCUUCAAGUGCAGUUAUGUCAAAUAGAAACAGCUACCGCCGCAACCUGAGGAAUUCUGGGUUUGCAGGUUCACAACGUCAACCUCAACGAGCAGAGGAGGAGGAAGAGGAGGAUGCAAGAAGUGAAUCCGAGGAAUUCAAUUUCGGGGCUAGAAGAUGCUCAGUAUGCAACAAGUUGUGCAAAUCAGGGGCCGGUCUUCGCAGUCAUAUCCGGGUUCAUAAAACUUGGUUUCCAUGACCAAUUGCAUACUGUUGGAUUGGGAGGGUCCGGCCCCCACCUAUGUGAUGAUUCCGACAGCAAAACUCUGCUUUGUUUUGCUGAGACUUCAAGGACUGCUUGGCUUGGCUGGGGGGUGGGGGGUAGGUACAUUUAUUGAUUUCAAGGGAGGGUUUCAGAGGAGCUUGAUAACUCUUCCCAUUAGACUCCACUGGGAGAGGUGGGGAUAUUUUCAGGUUAGUUGAGAGCUACACCCUGAUCAUAUUAGAAAGAAAGUUUUGCUCGGUGAACAACUGUGGGCAGGGAAUCUGUCUGUCUGUCUGUCUGUACUCUCCCAAGCACUGAAUAAAG